AUGACUACUUCGCCCAGUAUGUAUAUGGAGACAGUCUCGCUGAACGAUGAUGCUCCCGCUGCGGCGUCCACGUCCUCCAACUCGACAGUUUUGGACGUGGACACUCUGGAGUCUCAGUUCACGCAACCAACGGUGAACAAGACGUCAAAGGACCCCACCGCGUCCCCCGAGAUCGCCGUGCCUGUGUCUGACAGCGACAGCGACGAAGAGCAGAUUAAUGGGUCCAUCAAUGGUCAUAACAACAGCAAAAAUGACACAGUUGUGGUGGACAUGAAUGUCCACAAAGACAGUAAUGGCAACCAGCAGCAGCACGUGCUUCCCCCGCUGCGUGUCAUGACACAGAAGCUCCCAAUGGAGGAGAGAGACUACGUAGACCCCACUCUCUUCUCCCCAGAGGUAUCUAGACACGCGAUGGAGGUGGCACAUCGUCGCGCCAAGGCUAUUGCCAAUGAGGUGAAGGAGAUGAUAGAGCUGGAGAACGAAAUGGGAGGCGCCACCAAGGCCAAAAUGUCCCCCGCUGAGGCUGUGGGUAUCAUUGGAGGCGCCUUUGCGAGUUCAUUGCAAAGAGCUAAGAAACUGGUAAAGCCCGGAACGAAAGAGUAUGAUCUACUGUCUGGUACAUCCCCGUCGGCAGGUAUGUCUAAACUGGACGAUCUCGACACGGACGGCGACGGACUGCAGCUCUCUCCUGAUGCGACGCAGAGUGACGGGAAACACUUCCGCACGCCGAAAUUGAGACCAGCAUUAAAGCGCAUCUCAGCGUUCUCGGCGGCUGCACUAGAGUCCGAGAAGAAGACGUCGAGUACACGACAACACAAGAAAAAGAGUAUCCAAUGGCACGAGGACGUUCUGGAUGCUGACGAGGAAUUCUACGAAGACGACAGUGAAGAACAGGAAACGCACUCUUUGAUGGACACAGACGGAGACGGUAGCGGCAACGGCAGUCCUAGGCCACAGAUACUGAACUACAGCAGUAAGAAUGACGGCCAGCUCACUCCACGAAGCAAGAAAAAGCGCAAAAAACUCGUCAGAUCAAUGAUGCGACGACUUACACCGCGCGAGAAGGAGGAACUGUACCGACAACGACCAGACUUGAUGAUUGUCCCGAACUGGGCGCAGAAGUACCGCGAAGAACUUGCAGGUGAAGACUCGACUCGCUGGAACGCCUGGCUGCUCGGACUUAUCUCGGUGCUGGCUGUGCUGCUGCUGGUGUUUAUUCUCCUCAUUGUGCGGCAGCGUGCCGCCGCAGUGGCGAAGUGA